AUGCCAACGCAGCACGUGAAACCGGGAACUGAGGAGCACCUAGGAGAUGUUGCGAAUGCUUUGUUGAAAGCGCGGAAAGUGGUAGUUGUGACUGGUGCUGGUAUCAGUACCAACUCUGGUAUUCCUGACUUUCGAUCAGAGAAUGGGUUAUACUCUCUGAUCCAGGCACAAUUUGAUGCUGCUUCUCGGCAGGCACGACAAGACGAGCAUGAUGACCAUGAUGAACACGAGGAAGCCGCAGAUAAUGCACGUCCCACGAAAAGAAGGAAAACAUCGAUGGAUGCCAUAAACGAGCCUGACUGGAUAACUGUCAAAGUUGGCCCAGAUGACUGUCAAGACGCGCUUCAGGAUGGACCAUCUUUGCCUCAACAUACAGAUCGUCCGGAACUGUUGGAGGACAGUGCUGUCACUGCUGCUACAGCUGCCACACAAAUUGUGGUUGGGACAAAGUUCAGAACACCGCAAUCAAAGACGGAAACUCGCUCUUCGCCAGAUUUGAAUAGUUCGCCUCCAUCAUCUCCCUCAGCUGAAUUCAUGAUUUCGCCAUCCACGGUUCGAUCACAUACUCAUAGGCGUUUGACAGAUGCAGCCCUUCCCUUGAGCUCAUCGCCGCUUUCGUCGCCUCCCCCUGUUCUCUUUGACCCAUUUGACACAGUUUCGCCGUCAGAGGCGAGCUCCGGGCGACGGAGUAGUACAUCGCUCUCUGAGGUUGAUGAAACAGACUCUCCACCAAAUUCACUUCCUUCAUCCCAGAAUUCCGCUGGGAGCAGAAGCGCACUACCUAAUAUGAAGGGCAAGGAUCUUUUUGACGCCAAUAUCUGGUCGGACCCGAUAAGAACUUCUGUCUUCUAUACAUUUGCAACAUCUUUACGGCAAAAGAUCAGACACGCCGAACCAACAACAUCGCAUCGAUUUAUCAGCCACUUGCGUGAUCGGGGAAAGUUGGUGAGGUGCUACACCCAAAAUAUCGAUCAAAUAGAGGAGAAAGUCGGACUAUCGACACGAUUACAAGAUGGCCCAGGCAGUCGUGGGCGAUUUUCGCGACGAUCAACGGCAAACAUGACGCAACUAAAUAAAAUGGUCGAAGAGGCCAAGUCAGCAUCCUCAGAUAAACUGGCAUCUGAGACUUCAAGCCUGUCAGAUGCUCCUGCAGAUUCAAGCGAGCAGUCACAACCCUCGUCAUCAGAUGAGAACAACAUCCCUGCUACCGAUAGGGAACCACGAUCAGAUAACCAGGCCAAUGCAAUUCCGAAAGUUCGAAGGGAGUUGCCUCGCUCCGGAGUUGAAUGUGUAUUUCUGCACGGAUCCCUGGACCUCCUUAGAUGUUUUCUUUGUGGCAAAGUCUGCUCUUGGGACCAUGACAAUCGCGAGUCUGAAACACUUUCAGGCCAGCAACCAGAGUGCCCUCACUGCGUUGGAGCCACGGCGGCGCGACAGGAGAGGGGCAAGCGUGCCUUGGGCGUUGGCAAACUACGUCCUGAUAUUGUGCUCUAUGGCGAAGAACAUCCUAGCUCACACCUAAUUAGCCCAAUCAUCACCCAUGACUUGAGCUUGUAUCCAGACAUGCUGCUCAUUUUAGGCACAAGCCUUAGAGUCCAUGGCCUGAAGGUCAUGGUAAGGGAGUUUGCCAAAGCAGUUCACUGCAAAGGCGGCAAAGUUGUCUUUGUAAACUUUACUAAGCCUCCUGAUAGCAUCUGGGGAGAUAUUAUCGACUACUGGGUACAGUGGGAUUGUGAUGCCUGGGUCACUGAUUUGCAGGCCAGGAUACCGAAACUUUGGCAAGAGCUAGAACCUGCAAGACCCAGAAGGAAGCGAGAAUCCAGCGGAACAUCUGAGGACAGCGCAAAGGAAGAGAAAAAGAAGCCACCGCCCGCCAACCCGGUGGCUUUACGCGACACCAAAGUCACCGGCGCGUACUGGACAUUCAAAGUCCUUAGUGAGCUGCACCGAAUAACGGGCAACUUGCAGCCGGAGAAUGUGCCAGCCCGUCGAGCCUCUCUACCCGCAGGUAUCACAGCAGCGGGUAUUGUAGCUGAAGUAUUUCCCCAUGCUCCGACAAACAAGGUGCAGAAAGAAACCAAGGCUAGGCAGAAAGGGUCGCGAAAGUCGGCUCCAGGGGCACUGGAGAAGGGUCAGAGACGAUCAUCGACACUCAACCCCAACCACGGUAGAUCACGCAAGAAGGCGCAGGCAAUGGUGUCAAGCCAGGUGCCUGACCAUGUGCCCGAACCCACGACGUCUCCGGCACUCACUUCUGUCGAGCCAUGCAGUACUAAUUCUAUAUUGAGUUCAGUUAAGGAAAAUGCUAGAGUCAGGAAGAGAAAGAAGGUGGAUGGGGAAGAAAUUCCCGCGCCCAAGGUUGGCAGAAGGCGAGGUGGGAGUUCAAGGCAUAAGGCCAAGAAAGAUGACCUGAAGCUGCCUCCUUUACAGCCACUGGGAACGAAUCGGCCAGCUUUGCUCUACGGCAAACCACAACCAUUGGAACCAAAGAGCCCGCCGUCCGGACCCUUGACGUCGCUGUCGCCAAAUUUGCGAAGUGCCAAGACAUUCCAAAGACACAACGCCUUCUUCCUGGACGAGUUACUCGUGGGAUUGCACAGUGCACCACAUGGUCAUCCAUUUCAAAACUACAGCGAAAAUGUGCCUCCAACUCAGGCGGGAACAAAAGAAGAAGCGAAUGCAGCUUUCGCAUUGGCUGGUUUACGGACCAGCCCAGUUAUGGCGAGAACGAUGCCACGAAAACAAAUAGAAGUCACCGCUCCUAUAUAUCGUCGUGUGCUCGCCGCCCUUAUUUUCAACGCUUUGCAUACCUGUGAUUACAAGCGCUUGUUUCGCAGCCAGACUACUGUCGUCAUGGGCCAUCAAGAUGUUCUCGCUUUGAGAGCCAAGUCAGCCGAGAGCCCGAGGCCGUUUGGAUCAGAGUGGAAGAGGGAGUUCCCCUUUGACCCAGAGUGGCACAACUUGAACCACGGAUCGUUUGGCACAUAUCCUAAACAUAUCCGCGAUAGACUUCGUGCGUACCAGGACCAGGCAGAGGCUCGUCCGGACCCAUUCAUCUUCUACGAGCAGCCCAAACGCAUCGAUGCUGCGCGUGAAGAGCUUGCCAGACUAGUCCAUGCCCCCCUCGACACGGUUGUUUUCGUGGGCAAUGCCACAGACGGCGUAAACACCGUCCUUCGUAACUUGGCCUGGGCCGAGGACGGAAAGGACGUCAUCCUCAGCUUUUCUACCAUCUACGAAGCAUGUGGCAAGGCGGCUGACUACCUGGCCGAGUAUUUUGAGGGAAAGCUUGAGCAUCGGGGUAUUGCCAUUACAUAUCCGCUCGAGGACGAAGAGAUUAUCCGCGCUUUCCGAACCACAGUCAAGGAGAUUCAAGACGAGGGCAAACGCGCCAAGGUCUGCAUCUUUGACGUGGUCUCGUCCCGGCCCGGUGUUGCCUUCCCUUGGAUGGACAUGGUCAAGGCGUGCAAGGAGCUCGGCAUCAUCAGCCUCGUUGACGGAGCCCAGGGCAUCGGCAUGGUGCAUCUGGACCUCACGGCCGCCGACCCCGACUUCUUUGUGUCCAACUGCCACAAGUGGCUGCACGUCCCUCGAGGCUGCGCCGUCUUCUACGCGCCCAUCAGGAACCAGCAUCUCCUGCGGACGACGCUCGCCACCAGCCACGGCUUCAUCCCGAAGCUGGUGCAGCGCACCACACCCAUGCCGCCGAGCGCAAAAAGCGCCUACGUCAACAACUUUGAGUUUGUGGGCACCAAGGACAACGGGCCGUACAUGUGUGUCAAGGACGCCAUCGAAUGGCGCCGAGAUGUCUGCGGCGGCGAGGACAAGAUCGUCUCGUACCUGUGGGACUUGAACAAGAAGGGCAUCAAGCUCGUGGCCGACGCGCUGGGCACCACGUACCUCGACAACAGCAAGGGCACCAUGACAAACUGCGCCAUGGGCAAUGUCUCGUUGCCGGUAUGGGUGGGCGAGAGAGGCGAGGGGGCCAAGGAGACGGAUAUCGUGGUGCCCGAGGAGGACAGGGACACGGUGUUCCAGUGGAUCACAGAGACGCUGGUGAGGGACUACAGGACGUUUAUGUUGCGGUUUAUCAUGGGAAAUCGGUACUGGAUCCGCAUUAGUGCGCAGAUCUACUUGGAUCUAGCGGAUUAUGAGUUUGCCGCCAAGGCUCUGGGGGACAUUUGCGAGAGGAUCGGCAAGAGGGAGUACCUGAAGUGA